AUGGUAAUCACCGAGGCAAAGACGCCCUUGAAGGUGAUUGUUGUUGGUGCGGGAAUUGGUGGAAUGGCUGCCGCUCUCACCCUAGGCUUGCGAGGGCAUACCGUCACGAUACUAGAGUCAGCCCCAAAACUUAUGGAAGUUGGCGCUGGUAUUCAAGGCUCUCCAAACAUGCUAAGGCUCUUUGACCGAUGGGGCGUCUCGCCGUUAAUACACUCUAAAGACGUUGCACUAGAGUAUAUCCACAUUCGACGGUGGCAGGACGGCAGUCUCCUCGGGACUAUGCCCGUGAACAAGAAACACGGACAGCCGAUGGUCAUUCAUCGCGCAGAUCUUCACAAUGCACUAAUCGAACGGGCGCUGACGCUGAAAAAUGUGGAAUUGCAUGUAGACUCGCACGUUACGGACGUUGAUUUCAGCUCAGCUUCAGUGGCAUUGACCAACGGCACCGUUGUGCAGGGAGACAUCGUGAUUGCAGCCGAUGGCAUCAAAUCGAGAAUCCGCGAUCACCUACUAGGCAAAGAUGCGUCCAAGCCGAUAGCAACGGGAGAUGCGGCUUACCGGAUCAUAUUGCCCCGCAGUAUCAUGGAGCAAGACCCCGAGCUGAAGAAGCUGAUUUCAGAACCGGAGGCUACCCGCUGGCUAGGGCCCGAUCGCCAUCUGAUGGCGUAUCCCAUUCGAAACCACGAAUUGUACAACGUAGUUCUUCUUCACCCUGAUCGACACGGAAUCGAGGAGUCUUGGACCACCAAAGGCUCGAAGAAAAGGAUGAUUGACGAUUAUAAGGGAUGGGACCCGAUCGUCACGAAGCUGAUCAAUCUCGUUCCCGAUGAUGAGGUUCUAGAAUGGAAGCUUUGUUCGCAUGCCCCCUUGAAGACGUGGAUAAGAGGGUCCGUAGCGCUAAUUGGAGACGCCUGUCACCCUAUGCUUCCAUAUGUUGCCCAAGGUGCCGCCCAAGCCGUGGAAGAUGCUGCAGCCUUGGGUGUUUUGCUGUCUGAAAUCACAUCAAAGAGGGAAAUUCCUCUUGCGCUACAAGCUUAUGAGAAGUCUCGCAAGCAACGCGCAGAGACCGUGCAGCAGUCAGGGACUACCAACCGUACCACGCUACAUCUUCCAGACGGGCCCGAGCAGCAAGCGCGAGAUGAGCAAUUUCGUGCUUCGACAAAAGAAGGUUCGAACCCGGAUAAAUGGUCAGAUCGAGAGACACAAGAAUUUCUGUGGGGGUGGGAUGCGGAAAAAGUAGCGUUGAAGAUGUUGAACGAACUACGAGGUAAAUCGUUCUCGGAUGUCCGCCACCGUCUUUAA